UACUAAUUCGUGUCUUUCUAAACCUUUUUUUAUCACAAAUAAGUACAUAUAGCCUUUGUAUAUAACUGUCGCUAUUAUCACACCUCUCAUUGACAAUGAUAUCUGAAGAGAGUCUACAGGAUUAUUUUGAAAUAUGUUCAUCUUUAGAGAGUGAUGAAGAACAUUCAGUUAAGUAUAACAAUGUUAAAAGGUGGACUGAAACACAAGACAGACAAUUGUCAGGUCUUGUUGAUAUAUUUGGAGAUGAUUGGAAUAGAAUCGCUACAAAUUUUCCUGGUAGAUCUCCUAUAAACUGUCGCAAACGAUGGUCUCAAAUUUCUUGUAAACGCAUUAUUAAGGGACCUUGGACUCGCGAAGAAGAUGAAAAAAUUAUAAAACUGGUUGAAAAGUAUGGUGCAAGAAAAUGGACUUUAAUAGCUACUAAACUGGAGGGUCGACUAGGGAAGCAGUGCCGAGAAAGAUGGCAUAAUCAUUUGAAUCCAAAUAUCAAUAAAAAUCCUUGGACAGCGCAGGAAGAUGCACUAAUUUUAGAAGCUCAUAAGAAAUUAGGAAACCGCUGGGCAACCAUUGCCAAGCUUUUGCCAGGACGGACGGAUAAUGCUAUAAAAAAUCAUUGGAAUUCUAGUUUACGAAGGAAACAAGCAAUGAUGUCCAUGGUGGAAGGUAAUGAAACAAGUUAUAUUUUGAAUGACUUACAGCGUAAAUUAUCAGACAGUAAGAAAAAUGAUACUAGUGAUUAUGUUGAAGAAGAUUGGUCUGAAGUAUAUGAUACUGAAAAUAUGCCAAGCAAUAUACCUGUUACACAAAGGGGGGUAGAAUUCAAAAAGAAUGGAUUUCCAUUUCUGGAUACUAUUGAAAUCGUUGAAAGAAAAAAUAACAAAAUUUGUAAGUCAGAUUUAAACUUUAGGACAUUGAAGAAAUUUUAUAGAAAAUAUAAAGUUUCAUAUGUACAAGAUAUUGAAAAUGAUCAAAGGAAAUCCUCUCCAACUAUAUUACGCAAAAAUGAAAAUAUAAAAUUAUCUUUUGAUAAAAAAAUUGUAAAAGUUAAUGAUAAUAAAACACGAAUACGAUUAUUAUCUGAUAUCAAGUCAAACAUUUGCCAGGACAAGGUUAAAAUACAGAAGUUCCUCACUUCAUCUUCGAAAAAAAAAAUUGAUUGCAUUGAAUUUAUUGAACAUCUAACAAAAAAAACACGAACUGAUGAUGGAAAUAAAUAUGCUGAUAAUACUUCUGAUACUUGUAAUAAAGUAUCCAUUUCAAUGAAUGAACAAAGCAAGAAAUCAAUCCCAUUUGACCAAAAAUGGCUUGAUAUAGCUUGUGGAAAAACUGAUGAUCAAAUAUCAUUAACUGAAAUGGCUCGAAAUUAUAUUGGUGACAAUAUAAAUUAAAAUAAAAUGCAAAGACUACAUCUUUUGUUAAAAAUAACUUUAUUACUUUUAUGG